AUGGGAGACACUGUGGAGGAAGAUGAAUCGGAGAAGGUAGAAAUCAUCCUCAAAACUAUCGGUCCAGCUCCACCCUCUCGUCUUCGAGUUCCCUCUUUCAUCAAGGUGCGUGAUUUGAGAAGAUUAAUUGCAAGUAAUGGUCAUUUACCCAUUGACAACUUGAGUCUUAUUCUACGCGGAACUGCGUUAAGUGAUAUUAGAAAUGGAGAUGAUGUGCACAUACAACUAAAUGAUGGAGAUAGCUUGAUUGUUGUGGUCAAACCAAAGCCACCAGUGAAGGAUGGGCACGAAAACGAUGACGACGAUGAAGAUUUGAAGUUUCAGCUUCCCCAGUCGUCAAGUCGGUGGAAAAAGAGGCUAUACUCUUUUCUUCACGAUAAGUUGAAGUUUCCAGAUAUCCUUUUGAUGCUAAUUUUCACUCUGAGUCUGAAGGCAUGGAUUCUCAUAACUAUGUGGUUUAUCCUGGCCCCUGUUGCCCAUAGAUGGGAUCUCGGACCUUUGUAUAUGCUUGCAACUGGCUUUUGUCUCAUCCUCUUCAAUCUUGGAAAGCGCAAAGCUGGUGACUCCAGUGCAUACUCUAUCUUCAACGAAGACUUCAGAGAGCUUCCAGGGACGCUAAACGCAGAUCGGUUAGAUAGACAUAUAAGAGCGGGACAGUUUUGA